AUGGAUCAAUACUAAAAUACCUUUUAGAUGUUAGGACAGAACAUGUUUUCCAAAGCUCCACCUAGUGGAUAUGGUGUUGGGUAUCAUCCUCUGAUUUAAGCGCAUUCAAAUAAAUAGAAGUUUGAUUAACUGAUAUAGUUAAUGUAAUAAUAGGAGCAGACAGUUAGUGAUUAUAAUACGAGAAUGAAGGAGAAAGAGGAUCAACUAUUGUAUUUAGAAUAGCAAUCUAUGCAAUUAUAAAGGGAUUUGAUUCAGAAAGACAAGCAGAGGAAUGAACAUAACCAAAUAUAUUACAAAAACUAUUAACCUACUUUCAAUGUUUAAAACACAACGCCGAUGGAGUCGUUAUAAACCGAUCAAUAAUAAGUUUAGAACAUAAAAUUAAACAAGUCUAUGUAGGCUGGAGAUUAUCCAGAAAUAUAGCCUUAGCAAAUGCAAAGGAAGGCAUCGAUUCAAAGUAAGUAGAAUUAGACGAGACCCUAGUCUACUGCAAUUCAAGGGAACUAGAAAUUGCUGAAUAUGCAGAAACAAAUAGAAGAGCAAAAUCAAUAUAUUUAAUAACUGUCUACUUUGGUGGGGAGUAGGAAACCAGUAUUUGAAGCAGAGAAGGAUGACAGUUUGGCAUAAUUAUUGUACGAGAGAGACGACUUGUAAAAAUAGCAUAUUUUGAAUGAAAUCAAGUCAUUGAAAUAGAGAAUAGAUGACUUUGAUCACUCAAGACAACAAAUGAUAUAAUAAUAGUAUGGAUUAAUGCCUUAAUAGCAACUAUUACAGUAAUAGGGCAUGAUGCAAAUGUAGAAUCCUUUUGGAAUGUUCCCUCCGAUGUAUCCUCCUAAUAUGCAAUAAUAACAAUAAUAAUAAUAGAGUGAGGAAUCUGAUGACAAUGAUUUGAACAAUGAAAUUUUGAUGAAGUUGAUUGACCAAUAAAAUAGAUAAAAAAAGAGGGGAACUAGAAACAGACAGAACAGUCGUGAUAACAAGGAUAAAAAUUAGAAAAGGGAUAGGAGACAUACGCAAAAGAAGAAAUAAUAAGAUGAUGAUGACAAUAAUGGUGGAGAUGGUGAUUGA